AUGGAUCAAAUUUUCGGUGACAUGAAAGAUGUCAUCUUUUAUAUUGAUGACCUAUUAAUAACGGGAAGUAGUGACGAAGCUCAUUUCAACAACAUAAAAAGAGUUUUUGAAAGAAUAUUAUCUUAUGGCUUAGUGCCUAAUUUUGCAAGAAGCUUAUUCUUCAAAAAAAGUCUGAGGUUCUUAGGACACGAUAUCGACGCCAAUGGGAUCUACGCCAACCAUGACAAGAUCGAGGCGAUCGUUAGUAUGCCGGAACCUAAAUCAGCUGCCGAAUUGUCAACGUUUCCGGAAUGUCAACAAGAAAAAAUGGGAGUGGAAUUUAGAACACUCCAAAAGUUUGAUGAUCUUAAGACGUUGAUUAGUCUUCCUCCAGCUUUGACGUACUUUAAUCCUGAAUUACCUAUCGGAAUUGCGACUGAUGCAUCUAAAAGAGGUUUAGGAGCUGUUUUGUUUCACACCGAAAAGGAUGGCAAAGAAAAGCCAAUAGCUUUUGCCUCGAGAACGUUAGCAAAGUCCGAGAUAAAUUAUACCAAUAUUGAGCGUGAAGCUCUGGCCAUUAUGUUUGCUAUCAAGAGAUUUCAAGAAUACUUGAUAGGGACUAAGUUCACUAUUGUAACGGACCACAAGCCGCUAAUCCAUAUUUUCACCAAAGGGCUCAAAGAUAAUAGCACUAUGUCAUUGAGACUACCACAAGUAAUUGAUGAUGACGUUAUUGAUGAUAUCGCAAUUAUAAAUGACUUUGGCGAUAUACCUCUUAGUUUUGAUCGAAUACGCGAUGAAACGUCCAAAGAUUUUGAAUUAUCUCAAGCACUACAUGAAGGUCACAUGGGAGCAGGUAAAAUUAAAUCCUUAGCCAAAGAUCGCAUGUGGUGGUCUGGUAUGGUCAACGACAUUGAUUUGGAAGUUAGAAGUUGCGACGAUUGUAAUAUUUUUCACGACAAUUCAAAGAAAAUACAAAAUCCAUGGGUAUUAGCGACUAAACCUUUUGAAAGGAUUCACGUAGACUAUGCGGGUCCAUUUUUUACAAAAAAUUGGUUAAUAAUCGUCGAUGCCUAUAGUAAAUUCCCAAUUAUAGUUCCCGUAAAAAACAUCACGACUGAAUUCACGUUGAAAGAAAUUUUUAGAACUAUUUCACUAUUUGGCAUUGAAACCAUUGUUACAGAUAACGGUACCAACUUUACAAGCAAAGACUUUGAGAUAUUUUGUAGUAACUAUGGAAUAAAACAUGUACUAACAUCCGCCUACCAUCAGCAAUCUAAUGGACAAGCUGAACGUAUGGUGAGAACAUUCAAAGCUCACAUGAAAAGAAACAUAAAAAUUGACUUAGAAACUGCACUGGACAGAUUCUUGUUUAACUACAGAAACACUCCGAAUGAUACUACAGGUGUCACACCAUCCAAAAGAGUGUUUAACCGCGAUAUUAGAAUAAAGUGGGACUUAUUGAAACCAUUGGAGGAUGAAAUUGACAAAGUCAACAUAUCGCUACCGAGAAAUCGAACCUUUAAUGUAGGAGAUUUCGUUUGGUACAAGAAACAGAGUGACGACACGUGGUGCAAAGGCAACAUCAGGCACAAAGAGAGUGACACCAUGUUCCAAGUUAAUACGGAUAAAGGUUUAGUAAGGAGACAUAUAGACCAGUUACGAAAAAGGGAAUGUUAUAAUAGAUUUAAAUAUUAUGAAAGUGACCCUAAGAAUUCUUGUAAGGAGGGAAGUGUAGAUAUAAGUGAAAAUAGUAAGAUACCUUUCAGACCAUUAAGAAUUAAACAAAAAUCUUCUUAUUUAAAAGAUUUUAUAACUUAA